AUGUGGGAUAAACACUGCAUAGUUGUUGAGGAAGGACGUGAACUUAUUGUUGGAACGGAUCCUUUAUGUGAUGUUCAGGUAACAUUGCCUAAACUGCGGGUAUUUGGUUCUCACCUUGUUGUUUCCCGCUAUCAUGAUAUUGCCCAUGUGAUCUGCAGUACAAAUGGCGUUUUGCUUCUCAGCAUUUCCACACGUAGUCUGUCUGUGUACAUCCAUGGAAUUCAAGUUGUGCCAUCUAGAGAGCCGAUUGAACUUUAUCCGGGGAGUCCUGUUUCAUUUGGUGGACGUCACAAAGGGACAACGUUUUGUUUCUUCACAAGCCAUACAUCUCCAGCAGUGAUUUCUCCAAUGCCUUCUGCAAAGUUCUCCCCGCUUGCGUUAAAUUUAAAUGGGAUGAAGAAGUCUCUACCCUUUCCACCGUUAAAUGCAACAUGUAACGUGACGGAGCAGGGAGUCUCUCCUCGAUCACCGCGUGUGGUGCGAAUUAUAGGACCAUCCGAUAAUGAUAACGAUAACGAUAACGAUGAUAAUGACAAUAAUGGUAAUAGCAAUAAAUAUAUGUCAACAUGCCAUACUUCAGUUUCUUUGUUAAGCAGCUUUAAAAACUCUUCCAAAUCAAUUAGUAAUUAUGGAAAAUCCAUUACUACAUAUGAUACACAAUGGAAAUUCAAUACAGAAAAUAAAUUGCCAUCAUCUCAUACCAUUGUACCAUUUGUGGUGGAGUUGUGGGGACUUCGCGCUACCCUUCACUCUGUGAUUGGACACAACACGCAAAGCCGUAGUGCUAGCACUCGCUCCUGUGGAGUUGCAGAGAUAUCAGGACGUGGAGGUAAUACCCCAGGAGAUCCAUACUUUACAUUCCGUGGUUGUGAAAUGCUGAAGGGUCUCCACCUUUCAAGGAUUGAGACACCUGUACGUUCUGCAGCAGCAAGUGUAUUGGAGAGUUUGGAGGAUGCUUAUGAACCAGGUGAGGGAACUUUUUUACAGUUUACUACUUCUGCAAAAAAUUCCCUUUUUCAACAUUUUCUCCUCUUAGCAGAUCAUGCACUGAUAGAAUUACAGAAGACUCCAUUAACUGUGAGACGUUGCUCACCUAUUGUUUGCUGUGGUGACAUUCAUGGUAGUUUUUCUGAUUUAAAAACAAUAUUUGAUAAUGUUGUACCAUUUCAUCAUUGGUCUCUCAUGACGAUGCCAGUUUUAUUUCUUGGUGACUAUGUAGAUCGAGGUCCUCAUGAUGUUGAAGUUGUUUUGUUCCUAUUGGCUUGGUACAUUCUGUGCCCAGAAAAUGUUAUUCUUCUUCGUGGUAAUCAUGAAGAUGAAGAGGUAAAUGGUGAUAUUCAACUUUAUGGAGAAACUUCUUUUCGAAAGAAAUGUUGGAAGUUUUUUAAUAAAGAUAAUGGUGAGAUUUUCUGGAAUCGCGUUAAUGAUGUAUUUGCGGAACUUCCUAUUGUAGCCAUUAUUGACAGCACAAUAUUUGCGUGUCAUGGUGGUAUUCCACUGCUUCGAGAGAAGUCAUCAAGUGAAACAGGAGAGGUGAAAAAUGGAAAAAAAGGUUUUGGAGUGCGUCAACAACAAAGGAAACAAGAAGAAAAUAAAAAAGAAGAGCAAGACACUGAUCAUGUUGAACUUAUGAAUGAUGUACCAUGUAUGGAAUUUUUCCAAUUACUUAUAAACGGCAUGCCAAAUGAAUUGGAAGAGUUUAGAUUUCGUUGUAUGAUGCCGGAUGUACAUGAUAAUGAUCUAAAAGCACAACACCGACGUCUUAUUCGUGAGUUACUUUGGAAUGAUCCGGUGCCACAGUUCUCUACAAGUACAUAUGGGAAUAAUGGAAAUGGUACGGCCGAUACGGAGUUUACACAACAAGAUGGAUUUGAUGUAAAUGGCUUUCGCACCAAUUUCGGUCGUGGAGACCACCGAAAUGUUAUUCGUGAGUUUAGUGCCUCAGCUCUUGUAUCAUUUAUGGAGCGGUGGGGAUUUACAUUACUCAUACGUGCCCAUCAACAGAAGAUGGCUGGUAUUGAGAUGGGCCUCGCCGGCCGUAUUCUCACUCUCUUCUCGUGCUGCAAUUACACUGGAGAUACCAACAGGGCCGGUGCUUGUAUUGUCGUGGACGGUGAAGUGCGGCUCGUGUCGUGGCGCACUGUUUUGGGAACAUCACGUGAUGAGCCGCCGCCCGAAACUCUACGCAGUUCCUUUGACGAUAGUGAAGAGACACAAAUUCCACACUACGUGGGGUUGCGGAGAUUGCGGUUUGGCUAA